GGCCAUGGGAUUCAGUGAAGAUAAUUUCACAUCGAGGAGGAUUAUAUCUGUUUGAAGAUAUGUGAAGAAGCUACUGAAGCGAUGGGAGAUGCUGGAGAAAGGAAGAGUGGGUCAUGCAGGAAGCAGAUUCCGAGAGGAAACAAUGGUGGAAAAGAAAGUAGGACAGAGAUGUAGGACACUAAGGUAAAGUCCUGGAGAAGAGACAUUUCCAUUUUGCUGGCCUCACACCCAGGCUGCCUAGCACAUAACAGGACUCGGCUCUUCUCUGCAAGGAGAGCACUCGGGAGGGAAUGGCUGCUGUGUCUCCAACUGCCAGAUUCCAGGACCCAGUGACAUUCGAGGACGUGGCGGUGGUUUUCACAGAUGAAGAGUGGAGGCGUCUGGUCCCUAUUCAGAGGGACCUCUACAAGGAAGUGAUGCUGGAGAACUAUAAGAGCAUUGUCUCGUUGGGACUUCCAGUUCCUGGACCUGAUGUGAUUUUUCAGUUGAAGAGAGGGGAUGAGCCUUGGAUAGUGGAGCUUCAUGGAUCUGAGGGGAAAGAAUGUGCAGAGAAUGUCUCUCAAGACUGGGACACUAAGCCUGAGAUUCAAGGUGCUUCAGAAGAAGAAAAAUCAGAAAUAACAAUGAGGGAAAAGCUUGGAAUGAAAGGUCCUCCAUCUCCUAAAUUUGAAGUUCAUGCAGUGGAUGGUGGGUUGGGAACAGAGAUGGAAUGCCCUGCAGUGGAGGCCUGCAAGAAAUCCCUUUCUCAGGAGGAAAGGUUGCAGCAUGGGGCAACCCCUCCCAAGAAAAUUCUCACUAAAGAGAGAGACCAGGAAUGCAGUGACUGUGGGAAGACCUUUUUUGACCACUCCUCCCUUAUUCGCCAUCAGAGGACUCACACUGGAGAGAAGCCCUAUGACUGUCCUGAAUGCGGGAAAGCCUUCAGUCACAGGAGCAGUCUCAGUAGACAUCUGAUGUCGCACACUGGGGAGAGCCCCUACGAGUGCAAUGCCUGUGGGAAAGCCUUUUUUGACCGUUCAUCCCUAACUGUACAUCAGCGAAUUCAUACUGGAGAGAAGCCCUUUAAAUGCAACGAGUGUGGAAAAGCCUUCUUUGACCGCUCGUCCCUUACUCGACACCAGAGAAUUCAUACUGGAGAAAGUCCUUAUGAAUGUAAUCAGUGUGGGAAAGCCUUUAGCCAGAAAAGUAUUCUUACUCGACAUCAGCUAAUCCAUACGGGCAGGAAGCCGUAUGAAUGUAACGAGUGUGGGAAAGCCUUCUACGGUGUCUCAUCACUAAAUAGACAUCAGAAAGCCCACGCUGGAGAGCCUCGCUAUCAGUGCAGCGAGUGCGGGAAAGCUUUCUUUGACCGCUCCUCCCUUACUCAACAUCAGAAGAUUCACACUGGAGACAAGCCAUAUGAAUGCAGCGAAUGUGGGAAAGCAUUUAGCCAGAGGUGCCGGCUUACGCGACACCAGAGGGUUCAUACAGGAGAGAAGCCCUUUGAAUGCAGCGUGUGUGGGAAGGUUUUCAGUUCCAAAUCAUCAGUUAUUCAACAUCAAAGGCGUUAUGCCAAACAGGGAAUAGACUGAGUUGAGCAAAAGCUUUAGUUAAAGGACCUCCAUGCAAACUCAAGAUCGGUCUUCCGCAUCUUAAACCCAUCUCCUGGUCAUUGCACCUAGUCUGGCUACUACUCUCCUUAUCUGCCUCUGUUACCACAGUGUUUGAAGGAACACUCUCUACCCACUGUGUUAUAGAGCUGAUGUGGGAUGCCAGAAAUUAGGAUGUGACUCUUCAGAGUCAACAUUUUGCAGAGAUUUGUCAGACGAUAGGGACAAACGUUAGGAGGCAAUCCUCAGACACACCUCUCGUCCUAGGCCCCAGGUAUCACUACACUUUAAAUAACUUGAGGCCACAGCAGGAGGGGAAGGUACACUAAUGUCAGAGCAAUACUGUUGUUUCCAGAACAGUUCUUUCUUUAUAGCCAUUAGUCCCUCUCUCUUGGAGAUUUUUUGGGCACUGACCUUGUUCUGUUGUGUCCCAGCUUCUAGAUUUCUUAAUACUACUACUAGUAGCUAGCACUUAUUGAGCACUUAUUAUGGGGCAAGCACUCAGCUGAGAGUUUUGCAAGGAGUAGAUUAUUUGCUCCUCUCACUAACCCUCUGAAGUAGGUACUGUUACUACCCAAAUGUUACAGAUGAGAAAACUGAAGUUUAGAGGGGUUAAAUAACUUGCCCAAUGUGACAGCUAGUAAAAGGUGAAGCCACGUCUUGAAUACAGGUCUCCCUUCAAAGUCUGUUCUCUUUACCAUAAUGCUAUAAGGUUUGUUUUAUAAUUUAUGUACAUGUAUUAUCUCCUCAACCAGAUUGUAAGCACUUGGAGUUGUGACUUAUAUGUCUUUGUAUCUCACACAGUGCCUUGCAAAUAAUAGGUGCUCAAUAAAUAUUUAUCUGAAUUAAU